AAAAGUAUCUUUUAGUGGGUGCCAAGGUAGUACGGGGCUUCUGAGGUGCAGAGGGCUAUGCUGGAGAUCGGAGUUCCAGAAGAAAUAAAAUAAAAAAAAUAAAUAAAUAAUGAAAGAAGAAAUAGCUGCCACUGUCUUUUUCUUCACUCGACUUGCCAAAAAGCAUGACCAGCUGGGACGGAAAGACCUGGAGAGAUUUGCUAUCCAACUAACGGCACUCUUGUUUGAAAAGUACAAGGGUCACUGGUACCCAGAAUCCCCCAACAGAGGACAGGCAUACAGGUGUAUAAGAAUGAAUAAGCAACAAAUUAGAGACCCUUUGUUGGAGCGUGCAUGUUUGGAAAGCAGGGUGGACUAUGAAGCCCUGGGACUGCCAAGGGAGAUCACAGUGUGGGUUGACCCUCGUGAAGUAUGCUGUCGUUAUGGAGAAAAGAACCGACCCAUGAGUGUGGCUCUGCUUGAGGGAAAGGAUGAAGACCGUGAAAUCUCCAAACGUAUUGCUAUUGCUGUGGAGAAAGCUACCUCUGAUUAUUACUCUGGAACAUCCUCUGAUGACGAGGGCAGUGUCGGUAGCAGUAGUACCAGUAGUCAGGAGGUGAACAGCAUCCCAACUGUCAGUAAUCCAAAUAGUGUUUACCAGUUUGCUGACCUUGCUGUGCAAUCCGUACCUUCCUGGAGCCAUUAUAAACGAAAGGCUUACCCUGAAACAUAUCAUCACCAGCCAGCGGUUAACAGUUGCUACCUUCCAUACAGGACUUACAAGCCUUCUGCUGCUUUUUCAGGGCCCCGUGUUGAUCGCUAUCACUGGGUCAGUAAGAAGCGGUGCUAGCAGGGACUUGAACUUGCUUCAUUUUUUUUUUCUUUUUCUUUUAGAGCUCUUAAUGACUUUUUAUCUUAUGCUGUUAAA